AUGGAAGUAUAUAGAGAAACAAAGAGAGCUACAUGCGGCUUUUCUGGAUAUGGAGGAAGCUCUCGACAAGACGUAGACAUCCAAUGGACAAAAAUGAUCUAUCACGGAGCCACGAGUCAUGUGCAAACUGCGGCAGGGCAGUCAAAUCUAUUCCGCAUAAAAAAAGGCUACAUCAGGGAUGGUGCUCCCUCCUCUAUUCUUCACCACAGCCAUGGACGCGUGACGGAAGAUCUUAUCCGACGGCUCCAUGGGCUCUCCUAUAUCGGAUGA